UCAGAGUAACGACAGCUGAGACAGGAGCUACAGUGUGUGUAAGACUCUCUGACGUAGCGUCACAGCGUCUGAGAGAGGAGCUACACUGUGCGCAGAACUACAGACAUCACCACACAGUGUCACACUGUUUUGAGAGACGAGUUGACCAGCAUCCAAGCUGCCAGGAGAGGAGCUAUAACAUCCGCAGUCCCCACGGGCACCAGAAGACAAGCUGAGGCUAGAGGAGAAUGUCUCGUUCAGACAAGGGGAUGGAAGGUGACAGUUCCAGCCUGGUCUCUGUACUCUGCACUGUGCUGAUUACUCUGGCACUGUCAGUCCCCACCACUGCUCUGCUAGUCAUCUACUUCAGGUGUGGAAACCAGCCAGGCAUCCCACAGCAGAAUCCUCACAAUGCGUCCAUGUUGAAAGGAUAUUUAGAGGGGAGUGGUGAAAGUGAUGAACAACGGAAGGUGAGAGACAGCAAGAAGCCAGCGGCACAUCUGAUCGGAAUCUAUCACCAUUCCCUGAUGGACAGUCCCGACACUGACUCUCACCAGACCCUGGAAUGGGAGUCGGUCAGAGGGCUGGCCUUCACUAAGGACUCCGUCAAGUACCUGGGCCACUCGCUGGUCAUCCCUGAGCGUGGCUUGUACUACGUUUACUGCCAGGUUGGCUUCAGGGGCAGUGAAUGCAGGAACCUGCCUGUCACCCUCUACAAUCGGGUGUACCGCAAGCACGACUCUUACCCCGAGCCCCUGCUACUGCUGAGCGGCACCGAGACUGUGUGCGGCGAGAACCACAACCGAGGCACCUGGUACACCACCCUGGGUCAGGGAGCUGUGGUGGAACUUGAGAGGGACCACCAGCUGUUUGUCAACGUCAGCAACCCACAUCUGGUGGAUUAUCUGGAUGGGAAGACGUUCUUUGGUGUCAUCAAGAUCUGAACUUGGCACCCAAGGGUGGGUUAGGGGAGUUGGGGUUAGGUUGUGGAGAUUAGUAAGAACAAUAUAAGGUUUGCUUUUUUUAUAACAUUUAUAUAGAGCAUCUAUUUUGUUACAACAACUUGCAUUUAUAAAGCACCUAUGACACCAUUAAUCCCAGCUGCUUCCCGGGAAUAAUAAUCAGACUCAAAUUAGAUUUCCAGUCACUUGAGGCAUUAUUAGGAGAGAUCGCCAAAAGCUUGCCGUUUGAGGUAGGUUUGAGAAGCGUCAUAAAGGAGAAAACAUAGGAGCAAAGGCUUAAUAGGCAUGGCUGCCAGUAGUGGAGCGAUUAAAAUCAGGGAUGCUCCUGAGGCCGGAAUUAGAGGGGCACAGAUGUCUCGGAGGGUUGCGGAGCUGGAGGAUGUUGCCGAGAAAGGGAGGCGCAGGGCCAUCUGAAAACAAGGAUGAGAAUGUUAAAGUGGAGGUGCUGUCGGGCUGGGAGCCAAUGUAGGUCAGUCAGAACAGGGGCAAAAGGGGAAAGGGACUGAGGCGUGGGUUAAUUUUUGAGGCAGCACCUGUCAGGUUGAUAAGCAGCAGGCACUGGGGGUCUAUGUGUUGGUCACCCAUAGCCUGCCACUUCCUGCUUACCUGUGCCAAGAGACAUGAACGAUCAACGCACAAGUCAAAAACAUGGCCUAAGUGAAGGUAGAGUGAGGAAUAUAUUGAUCCUGAACUUCCAUAAUCUUUUAUGAUGGUCUGUCAAUCUCUCCAGCCAUUGUAAUCAUUACACAAAGAACGAACUUACAUUUGUAUAGCGCCUUUCACGAGCUUAGGGCAUCCCAAGGAGCUUUGCAGCCAAUGAAGUGUAGUCACCAUUGGUAAUGUCAGAAACAAUUUGCACACAGCAAGGUGUCACAAAUAAUGUAAUACUGACCACAUCAUCGAUUAUUUUAAUAAUAGUGUCUAAGAGAUAAAUAUUUGCCAAGAUACUGCAGGGAAUUCCCCUUCUCUUCUUCAAAAUACAAACAAGCACACUCAGUAGGAGCAGGGGCAGGAGAGAUAGAGAUAGAGAGAGAGGGAGAUAGAGAUAUAAUGGUUUAGGUCAGUGACCCUUCAUCAGAACUGAGAAAAGUUAGGAAUGUAAUAGAGUUUAAGCUAGUGAAAUGGGGAGAGGGUGGGAAGAAGAACAAGAGGGAAGGCCUAUGGUAGGCUGGAGGGCAGUGGUGCGAGGUCAAAGAAAGUGGUAAUGGGGCAAGUAAGGAAACAAAAAGGAGGAGCCUAGAUGAGUGGUGAAUGUCAGGAGCCUGAGGAGCUAUUGUCCGAAAGCAAUACAAAAGAGAAAAACAAAACCAGCAAAGAAAAACAAAGCAAAAUGGGGGCAGAGGUGACAGUAUAAAAAUGUUGAACUCAAUGCUGAGUCCAUAAGACUGCAAAGUGUCCAGUUGAAAGAUGAGCUGUUGUGCUUUGAGCUGUAUUGGAAGGCUGAGGCAGGUCAAGGACAGAAAGGUCAGAGUGAGAGCAAGGUGGAGAAUUAAAAUGUCAGGCAACUGGAAGCUCAUGCUUGCGGACUACACAAAGGUGCUCCGCUAAGCAGUGACCCAGUCUGCAUUAGCUUUACUAUCUCAUUUAAAGGAUGCCAUCUCAGACUGUGCAGCAUUCCCUCAGUACUGCACUGGGUGUGUCGGCCUGGGCUAUUGUGCUUGAGUCACUGGAGUGGGACUAUGAAUCCACAACUUCUGACAUGGAGGUGAAAGUGCUGCCUAAUUGUCCGGGAAGUUCUCGACAAGUCUUCAGGCACCACAAGAAACAAACCUGUUUUUCUGGUGUCUGGUUGAAAUUUAUUUUGUAUGUAUAUGUUCUCCAUUAAAAAUAUCACCACUGUCA